CCAUGCUGAAGGCAAUAAAAACCUCAGUCGCCUAUAGUCCAUUGUAAUAACUAAUGCAAAACGGUUCGAUAUUUGAAAGGCUAUUUGCUACAGAACAAAAUCCUUUUACAGGAUAUUAGACAUUAAUAAACUAAACGUAUUCUGUUCAAAAAAGUAAUUUUAGUUCAAAGUUUAGUUAAGCUUAAAUUACAUUUUUGGCGAAUUUAGAAGAAGAAAGUUGUGUUACAAUGAGUGACGAAAAAUCCAAACCGACUUCAGUCCUCCAGCACAUUGAAGCGGCACUGUAUGUGAUCAAUCAGCUUUGCAUAGGAUUCGUGACCAUUUGGGUUAGCUGGACCUGUUUGCGAAAGGAUCUCUCGGGGAUUCGCCUGCACGCCUGGCUGGUGACCUUCGGAUUUGUUUUCCUCAUGGCCGAGGGCAUGAUGUGCUUCUACGAUGGCAGUUGGCUGACACUUCGCUAUUCGCGGAAAUACAAGACUGCCUUCCAUGUGGUGCUUCAGAUUCUAGGCGGCGGCAUGGGAGUGGCUGGAUGUUUGAUCCAGUUGAUACGUGACCAGUGGACAAUUAGUGUUACAAUCCAUGCCCGCUUGGGUUUUGCCGCCUUCGUCCUGUGCCUCAUCUCGUUGCUCAGUGGUGUGGCCGCCUUCCUGGCCAGAACCUUCAGUCGUGCAGUUCCGCCGCUGAUCAACAAGACCUUUCAUGUGGUCCUCAGCUUUGCCGCAUUCGUGAUCGCGAUGAUGGCUCAGUUUUAUGGCUAUACGCAAACUGGAAUUUUUCGAGGUCAGGGGCAGGACUUCGUCGUCCUCAUGCAGGUCGUCACUAUGGUCCUAAUGGUCAUAACCAGCAUUGGAGCGAUGAAAUCUCUCUACCAGAAAUUUGGCAGCUUGGCUAGCUAGAAACGUUUGGCCAAAUCCUGUACAAACUGCAUUAAGAAUUUAUUUAUGGUUCAAAGUUAAUUAGUUCCAUAACAAACUUGUACCAAAGAUGUGUUUUAUAUUUUAGGCUAAG